AUGGCCAAGAAGAGCAAGAGCAAGGUGGACACGAUCAACACCAAGCUCCAGCUGGUGAUGAAGUCCGGCAAGUACGUGAUCGGGACGCAGCAGGCCAUCAAGACCCUGCGCCAGGGCCGCAGCCAGCUUGUCGUGAUCUCCAGCAACUGCCCGCCCAUCCGCAAGGCCGAGAUUGAGUACUACUGCACACUGAGCAAGACGCCCAUGCACCACUACACCGGGAACAACCUCGACCUCGGGACGGCGUGCGGCAGGCACUUCCGCACCUGCGUCUUGUCCAUCACGGACGUUGGCGACUCUGACAUCACCUCCGCCUAG